AUGUCCAACCGCAUUACUUUCUACGUCGACAUCGUCAGCCCCUUUGCCUACAUCGCCUUUCACGUCCUGCGAAACUCCCCAGCCUUUGCCCAAUGUGAAGUCACCUAUGUCCCCAUCUUCCUCGGGGGGCUAAUGCAAGCCUGCGGCAAUAAUCCCCCGAUCAAUAUCAAGAAUAAGAAAAACUACCUGGGACAGCAGCGAGUGCGAUGGGCCAAAUACUUCUCGGUCCCCAUUAUUGAGGGAUUCCCCAAGGGCUUCCCCAUCCGCACGCUGGCCGUGCAGCGUGCCCUCUGUGCGGUUUCCCAGCGCACCCCCGAGAAGCUCGCCGACGUGAUCGGCGCCCUGUUCCACGCGUUCUGGGCCGAGGGCAACACCACCGUCGGCGAGCCCGAGGGGUUCGCACCCAUCCUCGAAGGGGUUCUCGGGAAACCCGAAACUCAGGAAGUCAUUGCCGCGAUGAGCCACCCGGACAUCAAGGCCCUCUUGCUGUCCAAUACGGACCGGUCCUUUGGCGCUGGUGCUUUUGGGCUGCCUUGGUUCGAGUGCACCAACUCCCGGGGAGAGACGGAGGGCUUCUUCGGCGUGGAUCACAUUGGCCAGGUUGCCGAUUUCCUCGGACUGGAUCGCUCCUUGGAUAAAGGGUUCCGCGCUGCACUUUGA